AUGAGAAUUUUAAAAAUACUUUUAAUAGAAGCAAGUAAAGUUGAAUUUGAAAAUCCACAAAUUACACCUAAACCAGAUAGAGAUUUUAUUACAAAUAGAAUGAAUUUAGAAAAAUUUAUAAAAGAAAAUGAAUCUAAUGAUUUAAUUAACGAAUUAAAUAAUUCUAAAUUAGGAAAGUUAGAAAAUACUAAUCAAUUAGAAAACAACACUAAUCAAUUAGAAAAUAGCACUAAUCAAUUAGAAAACAACACUAAAACAAAAAAUAACACUAAAAUUUUAGAAACAAAUAAAGUAGAAAAGAAAACUGAUUCUACAAAAUCAUUAAUAUUAAUGUUGAUUUUCUUUAUUUUAGCUUCAAUAGUAAGUUAUCAAUUAGGAAAAAAAGUACAAAAUGAAAGAUGUAGAAACAAUAUUGAUUAA